AUGAAACGCACUCGCGCCAUCGGGUCCACCGCAGCGCAAGUGCCUCGGCCCGAGUACGGGGAAAAUGCACAUCAGAAGAAUCUGGCCAACGGUUCACUGGCGGGGGCUUCAGGCAACGGCUCGAGCGAGUUCCAGAACGAUGGCGACUUUCUGUCUUCCGUUGGAGAGGCGGCUUCAGAACCUUCUGGGCCGGAAGUGACAAUGUCCGACGGUGAAGAAAAGGGUACGGACUGGAAACGCGACGACGCACAGAAUCCUGAUCACUCCUGCCCGGGACCGGGCACUCGGCGCAGUGUAUCGACAGACGGAGGCGCCCUCUUCGAGCCUUCCCCGGGUACACCGCAGCAGCUGGAGCAACGCGAACCUGAACACGUUUCAGAGACCAGUGGUAAUGGCGGAACGAGCGACGCGAUCGUUCCUGUUGAAGACGUGGUGCGGAAGGGGGAUCCCCAGUUAAGUCUUUUACCAGUUAACGGCAGAAGCCACCCGACGGAAACCAGCGCUUCCCGCCGGCGGAAAGAUGCAGGUGAAAAUCCCGCGCCGAGUCUAAUGGAGCUUAUGGAGCAAGCUCUCGAAAGCCGCAGAAGCGGAAUGCCAUUUAUUGGCGGAGGAAUUUGGUCCAAAGACAGCAUUGCCCCCCCUGACCCGUUUGCGGCGACACUCGAUGUCGGCGCCGUGUUCCGGAAAGGGGCCAAGAUUGGGCGUCUUCGGCUUCGCUGGGUUGUCCUUGAAAAUUUCAAGAGCUACAAAGGCACCCAUGUGAUCGGUCCGCUGUAUGGAUCCGUUGCUGUCAUCGGCCCCAACGGCGCAGGCAAGAGCAACCUAACAGAUGCAAUCUGCUUCGCGUUGGGCGUGAACGCCAAACAGCUCCGCUGCAGUCGCCUUGUCGAGCUUAUCCACGCAAGCGACUCCAAGGCCCAGCGUCGUUCUGGUUUGGACGCGCGAGAGGAGAUGGAAGGCGAAUUUCACGCGGAAGACGGUUCACGUGUGGAAGAAAAAGCGAGUGCAGCUGUCACUCUGCAUUUCGUGCGCGGUCCCGUGCCGGCGUCCUCUCCCCUCCCAGAGCGAAUUUCGUUCACUCGGCGCAUCAACCGCUCUGGCGACUGCAGCUACCUUCUAGACGGCGUCUCAGUCCCGCUCGAAGACUACCGGGGGGCGCUCCGGAGACACUGUGGCUGCACUGUACAUACACUCCAGGCGAUGCUCAUCUUUCAGGGGCACAUCGACGCGCUGGCCACAAAGAGUCCCCAAGGCCUCGCCAGUCUUGUUGAAGAAAUCUCGGGCAGUGCCGAACUGGCGGAGGCCUACCAAGAGGCCCAGGAGGCGGUCCGCGACGCCCGCGAGGAAGCGCGGCGCCUGCUGUUUCGCCGGACGCAGUUGGAGCAGGACAUGAAAGUUCUGAAGAAACAAAAGCACGAGGCGGAUGCGUAUGAGAGAGAGCAGCAACUGCAGAAGGAACAGCAAGACGAGCUCUUUCUCUUUCGCCUCCUCGCCACCGAGACGCUGCGGGCUGAAGAGGAAGCGGCCGAGCGACGUGCCCACCAGAAGGAAGAAGAAGAAAAGGAGAAGCUCGACGGGCUCCUCGCCGAGGCGCAGCAGGCCGACCGGGGCCGCGUCGGUGCGCUGCUUCGCGUUCAGAAAGCCAAGGCGGCCCUGGCGACGUUUUCGCGGCGUGGCAACCAGUUGCGAGGCGCGUACUUGGCGAUGAUGGAGCGGCUGAAGUUUCUGGAGAAAGAACGCGAAGCAGCUGCUCGACAGAAGGCGAUUGACGAGUCUCAGCGUGAAGACUUGGAGGCGUUUGAGGAGGCGCUCAAGAACCAACUGAUACACGCGGCGCAGAAGAGACGCGAAACGGAGGCGCAGCUCGAGGCCGAGAAGGAGAAGGAGUCCCAGGCGCUGCUGCCCGAGAACCGGAAACUCCUCGAGACACUGGAGGAAGAAUGGGAAGAACUGCAUGCGCUCCAACAGCAGAGAAUCCGAAACCACCAAGAGCAACUCAAGGCGCUUCGGAACUCACUCGACCUGCUGCAGCGCGAGGAGCGCGAGAUGCAGCGUACCGUUGAGACAGUGCGCGAUCUGCACGGGGAGGCUGCGACAAAGGCCGCCGAGGUGGCCGAGUCUCUCCAGCGGCUUCUCGCCCAGGCCCAGGACGCGAAGGAGAACCUCGACGACCUCCGCAAUCUCGCCACAACGAGUCAGGCGCAGCGGGAGUCGCUGCUGCGCCUGCAGGAGGAGUUGCACGACCGGUUGUCACAGGAGCGGAGUUUGCAGAUGGACGUGCGCCGCGUGCACCACGAGCGGGAGGUCUGUAGGCAGCUGCAGAAGCACGUCUCGCAUGCAUGCGUCCACGGCUCGGCUCUCGACUGCUGUCGACCCGCCAACAAACGGCUGACGCUCGCCGUCGCGGCGGCGAUGGGCGCAAAGGCCAGCAGCGUCAUCGUGGACUCGCAAGCAGUCGCUGUGAAAUGCAUCGAGUAUUUGAAGACGGCGCGACUUGGGACUUGCGAGUUCCUCCCCGUCGAGACACUGCGGCAGAAACAGCUGAAGGGGCGACCAGAGGACGCGUUUGACGACGAGGAAGGCGCGCUUCUCCCGCCGCCCUCGACAGACAGCUUGCCGCCGGGCUGUCGCUGGGCGGUCGAUUGCGUCUCCUUCGAAGAUCGGUUUCGUCCAGUCUACGAGUUUCUUCUCUCCGACUGCGUCGUCGUUCCGUCGCUGGCCGUCGCGCAGGAGCUGAAGUUCGGGCGCGGCUCGGCAGGCGCCGCGCUGCACAGAUAUCGCUUCGUCACGCUCGACGGCGAGAAACUCCAACGCGGCGGCGUCAUCUCCUUCGACCUCGGUGGCCUCACCGGGCGCCUCGCCGCGCGGUGGGAAGCGCAGCAGCAGGACCGCCUCGUCGAGCGCGUCGAGAAGGUGAAGGAGCAGUUGCGGACGCUCGAAAACGCCGAGACGACGACGGUGGAGCGUCUCCAGCAGCGCACGGCGCACUUCAACCUUCUGCACAGGCAGUGCGUCCAGCUGCAGGCGAAGGCGCGCGUCUGGGAAGAGCAGGCUGAGGAAAAACAGAAAAAGCUGACCCGCGUGCAGGCGCAGCUCCAGGCCCUCCGCGAACGCGAGGCGGCUCGGAAGCAGGAAAUCACAGCCAAACAACAAGACCUCGACGAGAUUCACGCGAGUUUGCUCCAGCAGCAACAGCGCCACUUUGCGCGUCUCGACGAGGCGGUCGGGCGCGCGCACGUGCACCUCGAGCAGCGGCGUCGGCGGCAGCGCGUGGAGGCUCUCAAGACCGAGCUCGCCUCGCUGCAUGCGCAGGAGAGUCAACUGCUUGCAGAGCAGGCGGACUGCAGCGACCGUCUGGGGCAGCUCCAGCGGGCGGCGCAGACGGCGGAGGCUGCGCGCGGGACGGACGGCGAAGCGGAUGAGAAGCGUCUGCUGACGCAGCUAGCGCUCACGGAGCGCGACGUCGAGGAGGCAGAAAAAAGGCGCGAGGAGGCAGCCGCCGCCGCCCGCGAGGCGCAGCAGGAUCUGCAAACGCAGGAGAAAAACGUGCAAAAGAUUCGGGAGCGCGUGGAGGCGAGCCAGCAGGAGCGGAAGCGUCUCUCGAGAGAGGCGGAGGCGGCGUUGGGAAGGCAGAGACAGCAGACGGUCGAGACCAUGCAGAUUUUGAAGCAGGCAGAUCAGCAAGGUCUGCGUUUGCCUCUGGCCCGCGGUUCGUGGCGGAGCGUCCGGGCGUGGAUUUACGGCGAAGAUGACGCCGAGCGGACAGCGAGCGGCGAGGGAGACGAAUGUCGAAGCGAAGACGCGGCAAACCCCGAGGACGACUGCGGACAGGGGGGAACGGCGCCAACGACGACGACUGGGAGGAGGCAUGAGAUGAGAAGCGACGAUUCUUCAGACGGAGAAGACAAGGCAGAGGAAGGAGAUCGCGAGGGCAGGUGGAGCGGCUCAGACGGACUCGCUGACGAGAAGUUGUUUGCCAUCGAUUUCUCGAAACUCGCAGCGGAGAAACGCGAAUUCAUUUCCCAGCACAAACACACACCUGCGCGGUUGCUCGAGGCGGUGGCCACACAGGAGGCAGAGCUGCGGCGGCGUGCGGCACGUCUCCGCGCGUUGUGCCCGAAUUUGAAGGUGGGCGAGAAGGAGAAGAAGACGCACGAGCAGCUGGAGACGGUUGAGGAGCAGAUCGAGAAGGUCCAGCGCGAGGGGCGGGCGGCGUCCAGUCGCCUGGCCCAGUUGCAGCGCGAGCGGAGCGACCGGUUUCUCGCCUGUUUCCAUCACUGCAAGAUUGCGGUGGACUUCUUCUUUCGAGAACUGACUGCUGUCGGCGUCGGAGACGACGAGACGCCGGACGCCGGCGCGAGACGCGCCUUCGAGCGGCUCGGCGGAAGAGCGUACCUCGACCUCGAGGGCUCCGCCGGAGGCAGCGCCGAAGACGAAGUCUUCUUCCGGGGCGUGGCGCUGUUGUGCAUGCCUCCUGGGAAGCGCUUGCUGCCUCUGCAUCUCUUGAGUGGCGGCGAGCGGCUCGUGGCCGCUCUGGCUCUGGUCCUCGCGCUUCUCUCCUUCACUCCGCACGUGCCCUUUCUGCUCUUUGACGAGGUCGACGCGCCGCUGGAUGCGCACCGGCGGCAGGCACUCGCACGGCUCUUGAAGCUGCUCCCGAGACAUGCUGGACUGCAGGUUCUCUUCAUUUCUCUCAAAGACAAGAUGUUUUCCUCUGCGGAUCUGCUGGUGGGCGUGGCGAAGGCCCCGCCACUGGGCGUCUCGCGAUGCUUCUUCCUCGAUCUCCUGCCCUACCGUUUGCGGCCUUCUCUGUCGCGCUCGAGGGCCACCUCGAACGCACAAGACGACCGAGCCGCAUCCACGGAGAGCCGAGACCACGGAGACGAACUGGAACGGCUGCAUGCGUUCGCGAAGGAAACAAAGGGUGCACGCGCUCUGGACGGAUGGCACGAGGCCUAG